AUGAUGAGCCGAGUACCGAGAAUUCAGCGGUGUCUCAAUAUUAGAAAAAUAAACUCAAACCCAUUUAUCUGUCGGUUUCCACACUGUAAGGCGAGCUAUCAGCGGCAGGAGCAUCGUCGUCGCCACGAGGCUCAACAUCACCAACACCAGGUGUUCAAGUGUACGACUUGUGGCCAGAAAAUUGGCCGACGUGACACGCUCCGACGGCAUAUACAGAAGAUGCAUGGAAUCACAGAACCGGCUCUCAUCAAAUAUGCAUGUACAGGCUGUCGGGUACAGAAGGCUCGAUGCGAAGGAGGGCCACCAUGUAGCAAUUGUCUCCGGCGCGGUAUACAAUAUUCUGUGGGUCAAAACGCUGAAGCACAGCAAAUCGGCAAAGUUAGUAGCCAGGAGGCAGCAAUUUCUCGUGAUCCCCCCACGGAAUCAAAGAAAAGCCGCUCUAGAAAGGAAGAGCGCUAUAUUAAUCUGUACUUCAAGAUUUUCCAUCUAUAUUGGCCAUUUAUUCACCAAGGCUCGUUUCGCGAAUAUGAUGAGACGCCGUUACUUAUCCAGUCGAUCAAUAUUAUUGGCUUAUGGCUAAGCAAUAAAGACAAUGCACAGUCAAGGGCGAUUGCCCUGCAUAGCGUACUUAGCUCUGCUAUACACGAACAAACGACAUAUGGUUUCUGUUUCUGGCCUAUCCCGACAUACCAGGUUAUUUUACUCUAUAUAAUAUUCACUAUACUAUAUAAAGGCGGCGGAGCGCUGGGUCUAGAUCUGAAACCCUGUCUAUCACCGGCUGAUGCCAAUCUCUUUGAUAGGCUUGUCAAAAGUUGCAAGAGGCUGCGCAUGCUACACUAUCCAAACAUGCUAGCGCGAUAUUGUGACAGCGAUCUCCCGGCAUAUGUCUGGGUAAGUAUCGAGGAAGUGAAACGAUUUAAUAUAGCACUAUAUAGAGUCUGCAAGGUGUGCAGCGAGCAGGGAAGUAGGACCACCGACUGUAAUGUAAUACGGGGAUCGAGCAGGCGGCUUCGAGCACAGGAUUUACAAUUUCCUUUACCGAGGAACACUCGAUUGUGGAACGCUGUAGAUAAAGCGGGCUGGGAAUCCGCAGCUACAGAGGAUGUCUUCUGUCACAGGCUGAAGGACACUUUGAAAGGCGAGUGGAUAUCAGAUUCGGCGCAUGUCUUGGAGAUGUGCUGA